GGGAUACUCCUUCCUGUAGAAUUUUGGGAAACGACUAAGUGAUCUUGACCCUGGGUCUACUGGACCACCAGCUGCGGGGCUACCCUCUCGCGUACGAUGGAAAUAUGGCGCCUGAAGUCGAUGUAAAGGGCUGGAUAUCAUUGUCCUCUGGCCAUUUGCUCCGCCGCCACAGAGUAUUGAACCAUUGCUCGCUUCCUGAACCACCACUUUCGGUCCAUCAGCAUUACCUUCCACCACAAGAAAUAGACACGCAAUCCAUCAUGAUGUAGGUCACAUGGGACUGCACGAAAUCCUCUCGUAGGCGAUUGCCGUAGCGAAUUUUGGGCUCCAGGCCAUCAUGACCCCCAGAACAAUACCAACUGAGCCAUGAAUAGCUUGGCGUUC